AUGUAUUCUUCAACCUCAUUUUUCCUUGCAGCUCUGGUCACAGGUGCCCUCGCCCUUCCUGUGACCAACACGACCACCACAACAUCCAACUACUGUGGCUACGGUACAAACGCCGAUGGCUCUUGUGUCCUUCCAACCACCUCGGCCAGCUCUGUUUCUUCCACGACCACUUCGACCUUUUUCUGUGGAUUCGGGACGGCCCUGGAUGGCAAAUGCAAUCCUUCUCCGUCUACGACGACUUCAGCCAGUACCCCAACCACCGCAUCCUACUAUUGUGGAUUCGGCACUGCUCUCGAUGGGAAAUGCAACUCUCCUACCAUCAGCACAUCGGCCUCCGCUUCGGUCUCUAAUUGGUGUGGCUUCGGCACCGCCCUCGAUGGCAAAUGCAAUCCCCCACCAUCCACCACCGGCACGAACACCUCAGUCUCGCACUACUGCGGAUUUGGCACUGCGCUUGACGGGAAAUGCAAUCCUCCAUCAACGACGCCCACAGUGACGACCAGCUCGACUCUCGUGUCUCACUACUGUGGCUUUGGAACCGCUCUGGACGGAAAGUGCAAUCCUUCAUCAACAUCCACGACUCUGUAUACUACCACCACCGUCCCAGUGUCUCAUUACUGCGGGUUUGGCACAGCUCUGGAUGGCAAAUGUAACCCUGCCCCGACCACGUCCACCAACACGGCUUCCAUUGUGACGAGCGCUCCAGUUUCUCAUUAUUGCGGAUUCGGCACAGCUCUGGAUGGCAAAUGCAACCCAUCCCCGCCUCAAACUGCCACCACCACAGGCUGCCCUCCUCCGGCCACUGACACUGUAAUUGUCACUGCGACCCCAACUUGGACUCAUGGCUUCUACUACCGGCCUGAUGAGUGUGCCAAUUGCCAGACCAUCACCUACACCGACAAGUGGGGAUGGGCGGUUACUAUGGCCGUCCCAACGAACCCGUGGGCAACCACCAACACUGCGACCCCUUCUGCAACGGCCAAUCCGACACACCAGUGGUAA